AUUCUGAUCCCAGUUAUCCUUCUCCUUCUCAUCGUGAUACAUUUUCACUCUCCUUCCUACCAUUUCCUCUGUCGAACUUUUUCUUUACUCUCAUUUGUCUUCUUUCAACCAUGGAGAAAAAGGGUGACGGCACCGAUGUCGAGUCCGGCCGCGGCCCUUCUUCUGUACCGCACUGGAAGCUCGUCAUUGACCAAGGUCUUGUGACACCCGAAGUCCUCAAGUGGGAAUACGAUGGCGCCGGCACUGAGGAAGAUCCCUAUGUCGUUGACUGGAUCGAUAAUGAUCCCAGGAACCCCAUGCUCUUCUCUCAGGUGAAGAAAUGGUCGAUCACAAUGCUUGUAGCUAUUGCUACCCUGGCAGUCGCGUUUGUAUCUUCCGCAUAUACUGGCGGUGUGAAACAAAUCAUGAUUGAAUUUGGUGCUGAGCAAGAGGUCAUCACGUUGGGUGUUUCGCUUUUUGUUCUAGGCUUCGCAAUCGGGCCUCUCCUAUGGGCACCGAUGAGCGAGCUUUGGGGCCGUCAAAUCCUCUAUAUCACGACAUAUGGCGCACUCACCGCCUUCAACGCUGGUGCCGCUGGUGCGAAUAACAUGGCGACGCUCGUCAUCCUCCGUUUCCUCGCCGGGACAUUUGGAUCUUCUCCCCUGACCAAUGCUGGAGGUGUCAUCGCCGAUAUGUUUCCUGCCAAAGAGCGUGGUUUGGCUAUGAGUAUUUUCUCGGCAGCACCCUUCAUGGGCCCUACAUUGGGUCCCGUUAUUGGUGGCUUCCUAGGCGAGUCAGAAGGCUGGAGGUGGGUCGAAGGCCUGAUGGCCAUCUUCACUGGAGUUCUGUGGAUCUUAGGGGCAAUUCUCAUCCCCGAAACUUACCCUCCCGUUCUCCUUCGCAAACGUGCGAAGGCUCUAUCGAAGGCGACUGGAAAAGUUUACCGCAGCCGCGCCGAUGUCGAGUCUGGACCCAUCUCGGCUAGCACUGCAUUCAAGACCGCUAUCACUCGGCCAUGGAUCCUACUCUUCCGCGAGCCCAUCGUACUUUUGCUCUCCAUCUACUUGGCCAUCAUAUACGGUACUUUGUAUAUGAUGUUCGGCGCCUUUCCGAUUGUGUAUCAACAAGAGCGUGGCUGGAGUGAGGGUAUUGGUGGCCUGGCUUUCCUUGGUGUCGCAGUCGGAAUGAUAUUUGCCGUCGUCUACACAAUCUUCUUUGGAAACAAGCAGUACAUCAGAGCGGCAGACAAAGCUGGAGGAUUUGCUGCACCAGAGGCACGUUUGCCCCCCGGAUUGAUCGGAGGAGUCGUCCUCCCGAUCGGACUCUUUUGGUUUGCCUGGACGAACAGCCCGUCAAUCCAUUGGAUAGUCAGCAUUAUGGCCGGAGCACCAUUUGGGUUCGGAAUGGUCUUGAUUUUCUUGGCCGUCAUGAACUACCUCAUCGACGCAUAUACCAUUUUCGCGGCCUCCGUUUUGGCAGCCAGCUCGGUCCUUCGAUCUCUCUUUGGUUUUGCAUUCCCGCUUUUUACUACCCAAAUGUAUGCCAAGCUCGGCAUUCAUUGGGCCUCGAGCAUUCCAGCUUUCCUCGCCUUAGCCUGCACACCUUUCCCCUUUCUCUUUUAUAAAUAUGGCAAGCAGAUCCGAGCGCGCUGCAAGUUUUCCGCAGAGGCCGAUGCUUUCAUGAAGAAGAUGAUUGCCCGACAGCAGGGCAGCGAGGAAGUAUCGGCAUCCGAGGAGGAAGAAGACUCCCACUCCGAGAAAGAAGAUGCAGUCCCGGAUCUCGACGGUGCCGCAGAAAAAGAAGACGAAGUGCCUCGUUUCGAGAGCAUCCAAACUGGUGGGCAAGCGCCACUGGAUAGGACUCUGUCCCGUGUACAGACAGGCCGGUCUACGCGCUCGAACCGGAGUAGGAGGAGCGUGAAUACGUACUACGACAAUCCUUAUGAGAUUGAUCGUGUAAACACCCGCGACAGCUUUACUGCGCGACCAAGGACGGCCAGCAAUCCUAAAAGCUUCCGGAAAGUCAUGAGCAACCAGUCAAGAAAAUAGUCGGUCGCGAACCUCAGCGGGCUAUGCGUUCUUUUUUUAUAUGUAUAGAUUUGG